AUGUCGACCCCCACCCCAGAUGAAAUCGCCGCCGCCCACGCCACCCUCCGCGCCGCCGGCACCGCCAUGCGCCGGCAAGUCGCCGGUCCCGCACACGUCGACCGCACCCUCGCAUCCACGACGUCGUUCGGGCAGCCGAUGCAGGAGCUAGCAACAGAAGCAGCGUGGGGGUCGGUGUGGACGCGGCCGGGACUCUCGUUAAAACAGCGCAGCCUGCUGAACGUGGCCAUGCUGUGCGCGCUCAACCGCGCGCCCGAGCUGGCCGUGCACGUGCGCGGCGCGUUUCGCAACGGGUGUACGGAGGUCGAGGUGCGCGAGACGGUGUUGCAGGCGAGUGUGUACGCUGGGAUGCCGGCGGGGAUGGAGGGCUUUAGGGUUGCGGAGAGGGUGUUGAAUGAGGUGCGGGCGGAGGGCAUUGUGGUUGAGAAGGGGGAGUGA